UUUCCUGUAUGAUUUUUAUGUUUACUCGUAAUUUAAAUGCAUGGAGGCUAUAGUCGGAAAACAGUGCCUUAGUAGUUUGAAAUGUAUGUCUAGUUUGAUUUGGUCAUCACGUUAGCAGGUGAACUCUUUAAAAUAAUUAGCGGCUAUGGGGUAGUGUUGCAUGUAGGGAGUUUGGGGUUUUAGUGAAGCAAAGGGUGACUUUCGGCUUGCAGAAGUAGCGCCAUCCUGGGUGUGGUGUGGUGAGGGGGGUAUGGAGCCGCUAGUUAGCAGGCCAGCUAAAUACGCGCGCGAGGUCUGACAACCCGUCAGUAUCAUUGCCAAAACCAGGCAAAUUUAACUUUCCCACAAGCUUGAAAUGACUUUCGUAGCUGGCAGGGUCUGCUUAGCCAGCAUGCUGGAGGAUUUGAUUUUAUUUGCAUCUAUGAAAACUGCCGGUCCGGGGGAAAUGUCUGACUUAAUCGAGUAUACAGACUAAGGAGGUGGUUUCUGUACCAGCAACAUGAAAUGUGACACAGAAAACGGAGGUCUGUCAAAGGAGAAGACCUCUCCUUGGAAAAAUGUGGAGAGUGUUUCACUAAAGCCCCAGUGUUCACCAUGUGCCAAGGCUAUCGAUUUCAACCUCGAUGAUGUCAAACCCUCCAGUAACAAAGAAAACCAGGAUUGUUUCUCCUCUGGACUUCACGAUGGUGGACUCUUUGACAACGAGUCUAUCAAUGUCCAAGAGGACAGUGGUUAUUUGUCUCUUCACAACAGUCACAUAGAACAUGAGGAACAAGACUCGGUAGCUGCAGAUCCUUGUGGACAGUUGCAGGAUGGAGAAGAGAGCGUUUCAGUCCAGGCUGCGGCGUAUCCCUGUGAGACCAGGCAGUCUCAUCCAAAUCUCCCACAGCUCCAGUUCCAGCAUGCGGUCUGCAAACAUUUGGCUGAGAGUUACAAGAAGACAAAGAGGUAUGACCUGAUAGCCGUCAGAUCUCUGGUCAAGGGCUCUGGCCUUCAGAACGUCAUUGGUCGGAAAAUGGGCCUGGACCAUGUGGACAUUCUCCAGAUGCUUUGGGAGAAGGAUAUGAAACACAUCCUGACAAAGAUUCUUCGUUUGCUGGGAGACGCUGAUUUGAUAUACUGUAAACGAGUAAGCAGAAGUUGGCAGAAGAUAGUUUUGCAGGAUAUCAGAGCUCGCAAAAGGUGCCAGGCAGCUGAACGGCCAUUUUGGGAGUCCAGAAAGCCCUCACCCUUCUCCACCCGGGACCUUGCGGCCUCUAGGGUGGUGCUGUCUUGCAUUCAAGACUUGGCGUCCACACCCAAGCCGAACAAGAACUGCUCCAGACAGACGCGUUCCAUAGAGUAUCAAGAGGUGGCCAGUACCCUAAAGCAGCACGAGUGUCUCAAGGCGUGCAAGCGGUGUGGCUCUCCAGCCAAGUGCAACCUCGCUGCCUUAAGGGCCACGUGUACUAGAGCCAGCUGUGGCUUUGACUUCUGCACCCUGUGCCUGUGUGACUACCAUGGCUCCUCCCCGUGCCCACUCAGGACGCCAGGCUCGGUCGGACACUCUCGGUCCUCUCCUGUCAUCGGAGGCUCCCGCAGCAAGCGGAACGUCAGGCGUCUUUGAGCGGCCGAGGAGUGGGGGUUUUAAAAGAGCACCUUUUUGUAGUUGAUAUUUUUAAAAUAUUUAUUGGUACGUAAUGUCCUUUACCUGCAAACAAAAUGUGAGACAAUAUGUUUUAUAAAUUUUAAUGUCUUUUGACUUCACAGUUCUCUCUAGAUGCAAAAAAGAAAUGGAUGACAGUAUUUUUGCAAAACCAAUUUUAUGUUUCCUAAUGGAAACAAAUGUGAUGCAUAUUGCUUGUUUUGUCUUUUUCAGUGUUAAUGUAAAUAUUUAACUGUCUUCUAAAAUAAACCUUAUAUUUUAAGGA